AACUGUCAGCGUCGCUUUUCUGCACGAUGGCAUUGAGAAAAAGUUUGCCAACUCUGAUGGUUAUCUGCAUUAUUUUCGCGACCCAAACCAGCGACGCUAAUUUGUGGGACGAGUGCUGGUCGAACUGGAUGUGCAAUGACUGGCAGCUGACGUGCGUGAAUUUUCAAUGCACCUGUAUCAACCCCUACGUGCCUUCGAUGGACAACACGAAAUGCGUAGUAGGAAUUGACGGCAUCUGCGAAAGAUAUCAAGACGAGUGUUACGACCCGAACGCCCAUUGUAACCAGACGAAUCUCUGGGUAGGUUCCGGAAGCUGGUGCGCCUGUAAGGAAGGCUUUACUCAGGAUGAGGAAACUCGGUUGUGCGCGACAAACCUUGGCGAAGAAUGCGAGGCUGAGGGUACUUCCUGCAUCGAAGGAAGUUGCGUCGACGGAACCUGCCAAUGUCCUGCGGGUCUUUCGCCGAGUCAAUUUGCGGACAGUUGUGGAGUCGCUGUUGGUGGCACCUGCACCGAUGAUCAUCCAACUUGUGCCGAUCCUUACGCGGAAUGCGAAGGUCCUGGUAGCCCCUGCCAGUGCAAAGAAGGACAUCAGGCGGUGGCGAGAGAAGAGGAUGGAAUGACUAUCUGCAAAACAGCGCUCGGUGGCACUUGCCAAACCGCGAGUGAAUGCGCUGCUUUUAACACGUCCUGCGAGCUUUUGCGACAAGGGAUUUCAGCUUGCACUUGCGUCGUGAGCUUCGUGCCGUCAGGAGAUCGGACCGCUUGUUUACCAGUCGCGAAUCACUGGGGGAGUGCGUGUGAGGAAGAUUUGCAAUGCACCGCGAUGUUUGGAAGGUACAGCACCUGUUCGAACAACAUCUGCGACUGUCAGAUCGGAUACAUUUAUUCCGCUGCAGAUUUUGGAUGCGUUGCCAUACACGGAGUUGCGCCCAGAUCUACUUCCGAAUCGGUUAAACUACUCGCGACGACUUUGCUGCCUUACUUACCGACAGAAGCGAAGAUAGCUGUCCACGAGAUUCUGGAUGAAUUGUGAAAAACGUAAGGAUUUUGUUGAAUAAAUCGUUCCGAAUAUUGAGCUAAGGGUUUAUU